AGGGUGCGAAAAUUUCUGCUGAUACUUAUUCACUGCAGUUGACGCCCUUGUGAUGCCAACUUCCGGUUUAAGCCUCCGGGAGGGAAUGCCUUUUAUGCUGUCACCCUUUCUUCUUUCCAAUCCCUCCUCCUUCGUUUUUACACUCCUCACCUCCCCACUCCACACUUUUCAAGUCCGCUUAUCAGUUAUUAUCUCCUCAUCAGUCGUCCCCUCGUCAGCCAUCCCUCGCCAGUUUUUUUCCCAGUUGUCGUUUUGCUAGUCACCUCCAUUUAGCUUCACCUGAAAACUCAGAACCAGAUCAUUCACGAUGUCUGGAAGCUCCCUCGACAUCCCAUACUGCUUCAAGGGUGCCCACUUCCCCCAAGUCGGUUUUAAAGACUUCCCGGAUGGAUUCUGCACUCUGGACAACAGAAACCUGUUCCCACGCGAAAAGUUCAUAAUGCUCCACGGGGAGGAGGAAAUCAAGCAAAUCGUAUAUGGCAAGCUUGAACCAGCUUUGCUCUUGAUAUCACGCAUAAUCCUCCACCAUUGGGCAAGCUACAGCGUUUUCCUUCGGCGGAAACAACCCGAUGACAAUGACAUCUUUAUCACAGAAGACCAUUUGGUCGAUGUCACCAAGGAUGAAGUUGUCAGAAGCAUCCAGAACCUCAUACCAGAUUUCGAUUUCAAUCCCGACAUGAAUAUUGGUUCGUCAUGCUGUGCAGAGACUGCCUUACGUCCCGAUUCGCCUCGCGACUUGGUAGUUCUAAACUACGAUCUCAUCAGCGUUCUCUUAUCCAUUAGGUCCGACAACGCCAAAAUAUCCGCGCUUGUGUUUCUUGCAGUCUGCAUCGGUCACGGAAUCGCUCAUGUCCUCGAAUUCCGCAUGAUCCGUGGCGGGAAACUCAAUGCACAAUCUCGAGCUUUUCUUACCCCACCCGGACUGACCUGUCGUGAGGCAGGAACUGCAUGGGAGAGCAAUGUCUUUGGUGGAAAGGUUGUCCCCAUUUGCAGUCGCCCAAGUGAUCUGCUUCGUAUCCAAGGACUUUGUAUCAACGGAAGCGCCGUGGGUUACAAAAUGAUGAAGAUAAAUGAGGAAUGGAUGCAUGGCUUGUUUAACGAAACCCAUUGGCAAACCACUAAGCGACCGACACAAGCCCCGCUGGACGUGUAUGCUGACUACGCUCAUCUCAUGCCCGAUGAUCCAGAGGAACUGUCUGAAUCACGGAAGGAGAAGACCCAUGGCAAUGAUGUGCGCGUCCAAACCGGAAGUCCUACGAAAAUGCCGAGAUUCCUAAGACCCCAAAGACGUCAUGGUUGCAAACGUGUCUUGCUGGCGGGUGAUUCUUAAUUGCUGAUCACGCGUCAUUUCAAUAAGUUCAAGCUAACCUCUGUUGCUUAAGACUUCUCUUGCUUCAAUCAUUCCGGCGAUUUUACGGCCUUGUUUCCCUGCUUUAGGCUCCUAUUGUCGGUGGUUAACUGGUAUAGCUUUAUUGAUGAUCAGGGGUAGGCAGGACCCUAUAGUUGAUGAUGACUGGUAUAAAUUCAAUUAAGAGGCAACAGGAUUAGAUUUCAAAUGACGCACAAGUGCCACAAGAAGCUAAACCUGGGUAACACGCCGUAUCUACUACUCUAAGAGUAAGCCCGGGCAAGUUUAACCGAAUCAUGCAGCCCCAGAAUUCUGCUAGCCCAAACAGUCUUAGCAAUACGAGAUAAUAUAUUCUGUGUACUAUUCAGCCGGACAACUUGUGAUUCAGCAAGCGACCAUCUGCGACAUCUCGGUCAGGCUUGAUGGACUCGACAAGUUUUCAAUUCUUGGCUCUCCUCCGAGCA